UAAUCAGUUCUGUUUCAGUUUUCAAUUUAAUGAUCAAACAAGCGAAGCCGGAGGCCUACGCUCGAGAUGACCGACGGCUCAUUUUGAAGGAUAUCGAAGGAGAAAAACGGCGGAUUUCAUGACUGGCCAAUCCUGAUUUCGACUGUGGCCCCUCUGAAAUCAAUUCCGUCCCAUUUUCAUGAAUGUGCCAGAGCUUUGGAAUGGCAAAGUCGCAGCAGGACCAAACGUGGCCUUUCAGACCCCCUAUGAACUUCUACCCUCAGCAAGUUUACAAUUUGCCUUAUCAGCAUCCAGGAUUAUGUACAGACACUUGCUGCCAACAACCGUCGAUACCGAGACAAUACAGAUCUAUUCCUUACCCGCCACUUUCAUAUUCUCAGAGUAAUUCUUUCUCAAGACAAGCAUCACAGCCUAUAUCGCAGUAUGUACCUGUCAACCCUUACACAACCUCACGGACUUGUUCUACCCAGCAUCAAAGACAUUCGUACGUCCAUAGACCGAUACCGCAAAGUAGGUAUGACUAUGAUUAUUACAGGACCGGUAAACCGAGGGUCGCAUUGAAAAAGCCGAAUACGCAUGAUUAUAUGCAUGGAAAUAAUCAGUAUCCAAGUAAUCAGUUCCCUCCUUGCAACCUUUACCAGACACCAGAAGUUGAAUCGGCAUUGCCCAAUAUCGAUGUCCGCCAGUUCCUUGCGACAUGGCAAGACAAAGAUGAAGACGUAGCGGAAUCAUCAGACCAUUUGAGGAAUUCAGGCUGUUCCAUCAGUUUCAAUACAGAUCCAUAUGAACCGUUAGAUUGUACCAAAAGAAACGACACCCUGGUACAAAACUGCAACUUCAACAAGCCACUGACAAGUCCGUACUAUAAUAAAAAUGAUGCUUCUAUGGAUGCGACAAACCCUCCUAUGACUUACGUGCAGCCUUACAUGAAUAAUUCAUCCAUAAUGUCUGGAAUUACUAGCAAUGCUAAUAUCGAUCAUUUAGGAGACACACAACAGAUGGGACAGAUGCCUGAAAAAGAUGUAAGUUUUAUACCUUUUGAAAGAAGCAUUGAAAAAAUUUGCAACCCUAGGAUAUUUAAAACCCCACCGGCUGUUAAUAGCAUGCAGAAAACAAUGCCUCCAAUUCAAUGCGCUAUGACGGAUAACGUUUGCCAGAAUAAUUUGAAAGAGUUCAAAACCAACUCUCAGUACCACCUAAGUGCCUCUUUAGAAAAUGAUGAUUUAUUUGAUGAUAUAAAUAGGAAAAAAGAAGAAAAACAGAAGAACAUUGUGCAUCCUCUUUCUCAUGAAGAGCCUCAGAAUGAUGAUAACUCUGUCAUCAAUGAAAAAUCGGAUCUAUCUCAAAUUGUUAUGCCUGUAAAUCCGACUUUACAAGAUUGCAAUGUAUCUGAGAUGGCUUUCAAUGUAGCUGAGAGUUUUCCGGAUGAAUUGGGUCCUGUAGAGUUGAAAAACGAUGAAUCUCAGCUGUUAGACAAGACAAAGACCAAAUUUGUACAAAAUCAAAAUGAAAUCGACACUAAAUCAACACACUCAGGGAAAUACAAGUUACAGUUUCAAGCUAAAAACAAUUGUGAUUCUCAAACACCUGGGCUGGGUUAUGAUGAACCUUUCAACAUGAUUCCUUCAACUGAUACUUCCAUAGAUCACACAAGAAAAGACAAAAUCGAGCAAGCCGAGUGCGACAUGCAGAUGUAUAACAAGCCUAACAUGAACAAUAAAGAUAUUUUAAACUCUUCAACCUUACAUACAGUCACUGAACGGAUUAUAGAAAACAAUUUAAAAGAAUCUAAUUGUUUCGUACAAGGCCUAACCAGUAAUGCUGAGAAAUUAGAAAAUGUCCAACAUGAUAAUAUGGAAGUCAGUUCUGAAGACAUAGAACUAAGUCUGUCUUCAGGCGAUUCAUUAAUCGAUGAUGUUUCAAUUAACAUGAAUGAGCUAAAUAAUUGUGUUAACUCGGCGAAUGGAACAUCCAUUAAAGAUCCUACGGUUAAACCUACUGACAACACACUAAACGACCCAGUAUUAAAAUAUUCAAACGAAUCUGUAAAUAAUUUAGAUAUUUCCAAAAUCAAUUGUGUACUUAAUACCAGUGAGAUAAAAACGUAUGAAAAUGAAUUUAGUAUGGACAAUUUGGUCACUGAUCAAAAAGAAUCAUUUGAAGGGAUAAAUGAAAACGCCGGAGAGGACAGUGGGUUAAAAAUUGAAAAAAACCAAGAAACUGAAGUACAGUUUAAUGAAAUUCUUAUGGAAAAUGAACCAAGUGAAUCUGAACCUGUUGCAAAUCGAAAUGAUUCUAAACUGGAGAAAAGUAAAGAAAGUAAUGGCCUACAAAAGAUUGCUUUUAGUUACCAAGAUCUGAAUUUGUCCGAGGACAGCAGUGAUUCGUCACAAGGUGAAGUCAGUGCAGAUAACCUUAUGAGUAUUUCAAGUCAGGAGUCUGAGAAGAAUUUAAGUAAGGAUGUUAAAAUUUUGAAUGCCUCUGAGACCAAUUUGACGAGAGAGAAAAUAAAAUCUGAACUGAAAAGCUGCAAUAAACGCAAGUUGAUUUCUAAUUCUAGUCAUAAUAGCUUUAAGCCAAAUGCUCUUCUCUACUGGAAAAUCAAACACCAUUUGAUAUUCAAAUGUGUUAUUAAAAAAAAGAAAAAUAAAGAACGGAAUACAAAAACUAUCUCUAAUAAAAGGAAAUCUUACAAGAAGGUGGCUUCAGAAAAUAAUCUGAUAGGCUGUCCAAAGACAUUGGAUAUUUUGACAGAGUGUUCAAAAACUAACUGUGAAGUCAAUUGUGUUAUUUAUCAGACAGACAGUCAUUCUUAUAGACGCUGUGAGGUGAACAGCAUAUUGGCCGAUGAAGUUCAUAUAAGCGGAAAGUGUCAGGAUAACAUAAAUAACAACUACACCGGGCUGAAGUCUUUGGAAGAGUACAAAUCUGUUCAGAUGGAAUCCUUGGUUUGUGAACAGCUUCAAAGGAGUUGUAUCGAAAACGAGCUGUCAGCGUCUUUCAUUGUCGAGCCGAUAAAGAAAGGAGAAGUUAAAAUAAAUGAACCAUCGCAGGUUCUCGCUGGUGACUCCAGCACCAAGUUGCGUAACAUAAUUGCCAAUUUUUUCACAGCCGGCAAAGCGAAAAUUGAUCCUGAUCUCACUUGCUCGUUCCAAGAACCCGAGAUGGUUAAGCAGAUAAUCAUUAAGGGUGCUGAAGAAAUCGGCUCGACUAAAUGGCAUUUUAAAAAUAUCAAGACAAUUUCCCAAAAAGAAAGCAUCAAGUGCAGUCUAACAUGGGAUAACAUCUUUAAAACAUUAUAUGAACAGAAUGAUGUAUUCCAAAAGGAUUCUUUAGAACUCGGACCUGCGAAAAUUCACCUGACACUCUCUCCGAGAAAUGGGAAGAUGCAAGGGAAAUGUAACAACUCUGCAAACUUGAACAUUUUCAAAGCUGUUAUAAACACAAGAAAAUUAAUACUGAAAAGAAGUGAUGCUUCUGAAGAAAGAAUACCAAAAAUGGUCAUUAAAAAAAGCGAAGGCGAAGGAUACAGAAGUUUCAUUAAAGAUGUCUGCAUUAAUUCGAACAAUUGCCUAUUAAAAAAACAACUGUCGACUGAUUGCAAAAACAAUGGUGAUCAUCUUGACAUCGACGGCACCACAUUCUCAAGGAAUCAGGUCGAUGCUGAACAUGUUUUCCAUCCAAAACAAAUCCAUCACUGUGUCCUUUGUCAGAAAAGUUUCGCUUCUCUGGACGAGUUGCAUGACCACGAGACAUCAAAAAGCCACCGGCACUUGGACGUCGUGCAACGGAAUGCAAUUCAUAAAGUGUACAAAUCCCUAUACGGUUGUGAUCAUCCUAAUUGUCGACCGCUUUCAGAUCUUGAUAAAGAAUUCCUCAACUGGAAGCCUUGUUACCCAGGUUUUAAUCAUAAUUACCAUAAUGCCUUACCGUAAAAUGUUUUAGAAAGAUAUUAAUUUGUUUUAGUAGUGACAUUUGGAUUUAAAAUAUUUAAAAAUAAAAAAAAUUGCCUUAUCACUUGUAAUAUUUAAAAAGGGAAAUGUUUCCAAAAUUUAUUAUUACAUUAUAUCAACGUUAUAGUAUGCAUAUUUUUAAUCAGUAUUUUUCUAUUUAAUUUUGUACAAAAGUAGACUUUUAACAUCAGGAACUUCAGGUUUCACCCAUUAAUAUACCGCUGUUAUAUAUACAUUCCUUGAUUUUGUGCAUUCGUUGUUUUAAAGACUGAAACAGUACAAAUACACUCAGAAAAAAAAGGAAAAAAUAAACGGUGAGAAAAUUAAAAUAAAUCAUACACAUUAUGCUUUGGACUUGUAAAGUCUUCAUUUUUAAAAUUUGUAAACACUUUGCUUGAUUAAAUAGUUUUUCUAUUUUUGUAAUUAUAUCGUAAUGCAUUUGUUCGAUAAAUUAUAUUGUUUAUUUGUUUUUUAAUUUUAUUAAGUGUAAUUAAAAAGGUAGUAAUGACAUGUGACAACACACCAUUUGAAAAAGCUAUUGUAUUUAUGUGUAUUUAUUACAUGUUCGUUUCAAUUGGUACAUUCCAUAAUUAUUUUGAUAAUUAAAACUGAACAUUUUUCGAGUUGAUUAAGGUGUUUACAAAGCAUAAUUAAAUAGUAUAUUUUAAAUCAAACUUUUGUACACAUAUGAGUUAAUUUAUAGUAUAGGUUUCAAUAUUAAAAAUUGAAAAAGUGCAAAUUUUUGUUAUAAAGUUAACAAAAAAAGUAUGGUUUUGUGAUAUUUGGUUUGUUCUAUAAUUGUUCCUUGUGGUUUUGUCACCAGUGUUUUGAUUCCAGCUUAGUGAGAUGAUGCAUAAAUAGAGUUUUUAAAGUUCUUUGAGUAACGUUGAUACAUACGUUGUUUUAUGAAAUGUUGUGAGUUGUUUAAGCAUAUGUUACCUCAGAUUUGCAAUCAUCGCCUAGUUUAAAAAGUUAUUCACAUUCAAGAGAUUGUGCAUUUAUUUUGUUUGUUAAUUUACUAUCUAUAUUGUUUUGUUAAAAAGAAAUACUUUAUUUUUGAUUUGCACAUUUUUUUUUCUCCUGGUUUGUUAAUGUUUUGAACAAAAUUUAUUUUGUGUUAAUACACUAAUGCCAAAAGUGUCUUUUAGUCACUAAGAAUAAGGGGACCAACUGUUUUAGUUGACUAAGGCUUAAUUAUUAAUAAGUCUGUUAUAUUGUAAAGUUGUUUUUUCAUGGUUAAAAACCAAAAUAUUUUUGUUAAAUUUAUAGAUAUAUUUUAUUUUUCAUAUACCAAGAGAAGUUAUAGAUUAUUGUAAAUUGGAAAUAAGUUAUAUAUUUUUUAUUUCGACAAACUGUUUUAUUAUUUUCAUAGAACAGUGGUUGGAAUUGAAACUUUUAGUUACCAGUUACCCAAAUAGUCACUGGUUUUUAAUCAUUGCACAUUUUGAUUGUUCACAAACUCGUUUCAAAAUAGGUGAGAUGUGCAGUUCGGUGAAUUUUUACAAUUGUUUGCACAAGUUGCAUUGGUUGUAACAGAUCAUAGUCAUUUGAAGUAAAAUGAUUGUAAUAUUAUGUUUAA